UGGGCUUUUAGGCUUCAGCUUCAAAACAGGGCUGGCAAUGGCAUGCUGGCAUCCCCUUCCUAUUUCGCAUUCCAUAAUGGUAAACAACUAAACACCAUCAUUCCAGCAUCAGUUUCCCUAGCAAAACUAAAAAAGCCUUUCGGGGCCUAGAGAGCUUCAGUUUCCAGCAAGAAGAAAGGACAACCCGAACAAAAGAAGCAAUUUCACACUUGCAAGCUAAGCACGCACGCACGCACUUAUUCAAGAGAAUCGAAAAGGAAAUGUUCUAUAGAGGAUAUCCUGACGGUCCUGAUGGACGUGAAAUGGGUGCAAAACGUCAGCGGAUGGUUGAUCAGGGUCCUUCAUUCUAUGGUAAUUCCCCUGGUUCAAGUUUUAUGUACAACACACCUCCCUAUGGAUAUGUUAGCCAGCCACCUCCGCCUUUCCCUGUUGUCCGCCUUCGUGGUCUUCCUUUUGACUGCACAGAAACUGAUGUGGCUGAGUUCUUUCGUGGUUUGGACAUAGUUGAUGUUCUUUUUGUUCACAAGGGUGGUAAGUUCACUGGUGAAGCUUUUUGUGUUCUGGGGUAUCCUCUUCAAGUUGAUUUUGCACUUCAAAAGAACAGGCAGAACAUGGGCAGGAGAUAUGUUGAGGUUUUUCGGAGUAAGAGGCAGGAUUAUUACAAGGCAAUAGCAAAUGAAGUUUCAGAAUCUCGUGGUUCACCACGACGAAAUAUCUCUAGGGCUAAAUCUUACGAUGAGGGAAAGGACUUAGCCGAGCAUACAGGGGUAUUACGAUUGAGGGGGCUGCCAUUUUCAGCUGGCAAGGAUGACAUAAUGGAAUUCUUUAAAGAUUUUGUUUUAUCUGAAGAUUCGAUUCAUAUUACGAUGAAUUCAGAGGGUAGGCCAACUGGGGAAGCCUUUGUGGAGUUUGCAAAUGCAGAAGAUUCUAAAGCAGCGAUGGCCAAAGAUAGGAUGACUCUUGGGAGUCGUUAUAUAGAGCUGUUUCCCUCAUCAAUCGAGGAGUUGGAUGAAGCAGUUUCAAGAGGCCGGUGACUCUUAUUAUACAUCUGCUUAUAUCCGGUAUUUUGUACCAGAAAUCUUUAACCUUGCCUUGUUGUUUUAAAUUUUGCUUUACUAGUUUUUCCAUAGUAAGACUACUUGUUUGUUGUUUUGAGCUGUUCAUAUCUAGUCAGAUUGGUAUUCUAAUAUUGUGUAUUGGUCUAGCGUGUAACUUCAUUGGUUUUUAAGGCUUUUGAUACCACCUUUGAAGAAGACUGGUUUAAAGGAGGUUUCCUGGGAAAAUAUAGGUGCUAUUUUGAAGGUCUGAUGACUAUUCUUCCAGAGUGUGAUUGGCUAUUCCAAAAGGGUGUGUGGAUUGUGGAAUUUGUUGGAAUAUGGCUACAUCAAUUGCAUUUCAGUGCUGUGAUUCUCGGUACAAGUUUCCUUUUUCUUAUUGCAUGUCUUGUAGAAGUGAAGAAAGGCAGCAUAUCAUUGUCACUGGAGAAUUCAACUCUUGCUUUUACUGUCAUAAUUGCUGCAUGUCAAGUAAUGUAUUUAAUUUCUUGCUCCUGUUUCUUGUAGCAAAUACUCUAGUUGAUGAAUAGGUUUUUCUCUCGUCGAUUUGACUUGAA